AUGAAGAUUUUUACCUGUUGUUUAUUUUAUUGAAAGCGCUAUUUUUAGUUUCUACAAAUUUAUGUUACGUGGUUAUAUUUAUAUACGACUUUUUUACUCGGCUAAGUAAAUUGACCUCACUGGUCAGUUCCUGCUGUGGAAAUAGAGGUUAACGGAUAAUGGGUGCUAAAUCAAGCAAAACCGGAUACUCCAAUAAGGGGAAAGUUUUACAACAACAGCCUGUCCAGCCGACGCAACCUCCCUACAAUGGCAUUCCAUGUGAUUACCAAUUUCUUAGAAUUGACAUUCCUUUUACUAUUCAAAUGAACUUAUCAUUUCUAAGCAAUCCAAAUAUGCAAAUGGCUACAUCAGAUCCAAAUGCAUAUGUACCGCAUCUAACGCAGAUGUAUGAUCUUGGGUACCGGCUUUUGUCCUUCCAGCUAACGCCGGGAUCUAUUCAAUCAUCCGGAUUUAUGUCCAUGACAUCUACUACAACACUUCGGGCACAGGCAAUAUUCCGAAAGAAUGAACCAAAAUUCCAACCAGAUGAAAGAUUUUCGCUGCAAGUAAUCAAGUCAUCGAUUGAAUCUGGAACAUUUCUUACUGGAGUUCAUUUUAUGUCCCAUACAUCGUCACAAACACAGACGCAAACUCAGCAUUUGUAUCAAAUGAUAAAUGACUACGCAUGUCGAGGGUGUCGUCUGCGCUGUAUAGAGAUCACCGGAUGUUACAGACCUCCACAAGAUCUGAAUAUGUACGGUCCUCAGACUAUGGGAGUAGGAAGUGGUAUGGCAUAUGGACAGGGUCACUUGCAUUCGAGGAGCAGGAUUUAUGGUGUCGAUUUAUUCUUUGAAAUACCACAACACCCUUCACCGGAAUUGUACCAGUACCAAGCUGUCCCACUGAAAUUUACGGCGCAGUUAAAUGUUAGCAUGGGAUUCGGUACGCCAAAUCAGAAUUGGGGGUUACAAUUAGACUGGCAAGGAGUAAUGAAUCAAUAUCUGGGAACAGGGUGGCGUCUUAUAGAAGUGUUUAACGACAUGUCAGCUGAUACCUCAACUGGUAUGACUGGUUUUGGUUCAAGUUCAACCACAUCAGUUUUAAACAUAAUCUUUAUAUUUGAGAAAUCCCAGUCUCGUUUGAAUGACAACACACCAAUGUAUGAAGGAACGAUGGUUGAAUACCAAGCACCUGGGUCAGUAUCAGCCGGGAUUGGCACGUCUACUAUGGUAAUAGAUACUAACUGGGACAAUGUUAUUGCAAAUAUGGGAAAUCAAGGAUGGGAACUUAUAACCAUACUCCAAACACCAGCAACAACAACUAAAAUGCAGUUUAUGGGAGCUUCAAUGACAAGUUUGAUGUGGAUGUUUUUCCAACGACAAAUAGUGUCAGCCUCUCUACCACCAUUGGGAUUUGAUCCUCCCGCUCCAGUUCUCCCUUACAAGCAAUAAUGAUACUGAAGGCUUUGAAACUGCAUUGUUUAUAAAUAGUGAUUUUAUGGGAUAUUUUUUUAUGUUAUGGCCAUGAAAGUUGAUUUAAAUGAAAAUUGUAAUGCUGCAUUUUUACAUCUUUUUUUUAUACCGACACAAAGUAUUGUAUUUUAUAUUUGUUUAUGCUAUCAAUAUUCGUUUAUUGAAUUAACCCCCAUUAGUGGUUACCAUUUGUUUUAUCCAAUUGUUUUGUGCGUGUGGCUGGGGAAUGCGGAAUUGAUGACAUAUCUUAAAUAUUCUAUAUUAAAAUCUUUUAACUAUUUGUCAAAACGAUUUAGAAUUUGACGAAGUGUAAUAAUGACACGUGUCUUUUAUUGAACAGAUUGUGUUGACUUUUAAUUUUUUUUUUAUGUCUUUGGGUUGAUGUCUUAUUGAAAGACACCACACAUCUCAUUUUGUUAAUAUCGACUUACAUUUACUCAAUUCAUAUAAAAGAAGAACCUGCAAUGAGAUGAAAAUUGGGAGCUUGGAGACAUGGGGAAGAAUAGAUAGAAAGGGAUAGAAACAAGAGAAAUUUCAAGAGGAGAGAAUGAUAAAAGAACGAAGAAAAGGGACAGGGAAGGCGAGAGACUGAAAAAAAUCGUUGUAGACGAAUGAGAAAGGAAGGGUAUAAUGAGAGAAUCGACAGAAAAAAAGAUAAUUUAAAAGCUAUCUCGGUCCAUUAUAAAUACCCCCAUUGUUGUGUUUUUGUGUUUUCUGGUAUUCAGAUUUAACAAACAUUUUUGUACAUAUGUAGCUCAGAUUAAUAUAAUGUUUCUUAUUUUAUUUCUUGUGCUUCACAAAUUUAAACUCAUUGAAUAUAAGUUUCUCCCUAAGAAAUCUUUUACUUUUUUACGAGUA